CUGCAGAAUUGGCUUCACUUUGAGAUCGGUCUGAUUCACAGAGGAAGAGGACAAUGUCGAAGGAUGCAAUUUCCGGUUUCUGCAGCACCUUAGCUUCCUUUUGCAACCACCUACAAUCCAGUUGUGAUGCCCUCAAGGAGUCCCUCGAUCGCCGACCCAUACCCCUUGAUUCUGCAUCAUCGACAUUCGUACAAUGCCUUAAUAGCCGCAUCUCGAGCGCAAGCAGCGACCUGGAGCUGCUUGAUUCCAUGUCUUUUGGCACCGUAUCUUUCGAGGAGCUCUUAGGCCAUUGCAAUGAACUUUACAAAAAGAAUCAAUCCGAUCUAUUUGAACUCGAAGAAAGACUCAGAGGCUACGGUUAUAUUCCCAUUCCUGGUAUUGGCGAUGAAGAUGAAAUUCAUGAUAUAACGAGAUCAAAUGGGCUUUCAGAUUCAGAAGAUGGACUGCAUAACUUGUGUUCAAUCUCUGGAACUCUCUCUGUGGAGGAUGCUAGAUUCAAGAGUUUGGGAGAAGAUGCUUUACUUGAUGAAUCUUUGAGUUUAAAAAAGCUUGGGCUGUCAGAUGCAUGUCUAGCCACCUUAGCAAGUGAAGCAAAUGAGUCUUCAAAAGAGCCAGAGAUGUUCAGCGUGACCGAAGGACAAGGGCUUAAGAGUUUGUCAUCUGAAGGAAGGAACUGCUUGUCCUUUGAGGCUGAGAUGGAGAAUAUGGAGUCAGCUGAAGCUCCCUGUCCUGAGUUAAAGAUAAUGAAGAGCGAAUUUGAAAGUCUACCUGGCUAUAUGAAGGGUCUAGCAUCUUGGGAGGAUCUACUGGCGGCUGUUGAUAAGAUCAAUUCAAGCCUAAACAAGAAGGCCAAAGGAUGCAACUUCUUUCGUCAAGAUGAAAUUCCUUCAUUUAAUUUAGGGCACAAAGCAAGAUCAUAUUUGUUGCUUUUAGUCCGCAUGAACCGUUUGAUUGUCGAAACGAUUGAUGGCGUGCUAUCCUACAGAGUGCUGUAGAAUAAGAUAAAAUGGAGAAGCCUAUAUUGUGCACCAAAUGGAACAAGUUCCCUUGGGUUUUAAUAUAUUAGCAUAUCCGAAUGUGCAAUACAAUUCUUUUUCAAUUUUUUUCACGUCCCCAAUGUAUUUUUCUUCUCUUUCAAUCUGAGAGUUGGAUAUAUGAUGCCCAUACCAUCCUGUAUUUUUUUAUUCCUGCUGUACAUUCCAGUGAGUGGAUUAUUAUUAUUUUUUCAAUAUCUUCAGUUUAAGUUCAACAACUCAAAAUUAUCAGUGUAAUAAAUGUCUGGUUAGUUUCGUGAACA